AUGCCUCCAGAGACCAGGUCCCAAGAUGUGAGAAGGUGUGACGGUUCCUUGGAAGCUGCUAACCAAAGAAUCGAUGGAAUAGAAAUCAAACUGAACACACAGUCGGAUGAUCUUGGCCAACUCAAGGCUAUGAUGAAAGAAAUAGCUACUCAGCAGAUUGCGAUAAAACACACCCUACAAACUCUCACUAGAGAGACUAGCUCCUCCCAAAGGCCCCAUGCUCCUCAACCGCCUACAACAACCUGCAGUCAAGGGUGGGUUGGAGAAGGUUCACAAGGGUCUUACAGGUUUCACAAGCCCAAGAGGAAUUUUCCAACAUUUGAAGGCGAAGAUGUGCAUAAGUGGUUGUAUAAAUGCAAUCAGUAUUUCGACCUUGAAGAAAUAGCAGAGCCAGACAAAUUGAAACUGGCCUCCUACUACUUGGAUGGGUUGGCACUGUAUUGGCACCAGAACUUCAUCAGAAACUUGGAAGGACAGGACACGACUUGGGCAGAUUAUGUUGAAGCCCUGUGCUGCCGGUUUGGAGGACAAAAGGACCCCUUGGAGGAGUUAACAAAACACAAACAAGCUGGGAAUCUUGAAGACUAUAUCAAGGAGUUUGACAUGCUCUGGAAUAGAGCUCAGGUAUCUGAAAAGCAAGCCUUAGUAUUUUUCUUGGGAGGGUUAGAGACUGAGAUUAAGAACUUAGUAAAAAUGUUUGAACCCAAAUCUCUCAAACAAGCAUAUAACCUAGCUAGGCUCCAUGAUAACACACUCACGUAUAGAAGAAACACUCCCCAUUACACUAAACUUCCAGCUCAAACAAACACUUACCAACACAACCAAAGGCUAGCUUACCCCACUCCCUCCAGCAGUUCAACUUCCAACUCCACCUUCACUACGUUUAAAUCUUCCCAGCCUGCCUUACUACCUACCCCUAACAGGCCACCAUUCAACAACGCAACUGUCAACUCCAACCCCAGACCCUCCAGACCUAUUAGAACCAGGGAGAUGGAUGAGCGUAGAGCCAAGGGAUUAUGCUUUUGGUGUGAUGAAAAAUUUGUACCAGGACAUAGAUGCAAAAACCGAAAGCUAUACUCACUAUGCAUCAUCGAAGACGAAGAAGAAAACUCUGAAGAGGAGGAAACCAUUGAAACCAUGAAUGUAGAAGCCCUUACCCCUCAUCUGUCAUUACAUGCAUUGCAGGGCACCACGGGGUGCCACACCAUCAAGGUAUGGGGCAAACUAGACAAAUGCCCUAUAUUCAUUUUGAUUGACUCAGGCAGCACCCACAACUUCCUUAAUGCCAACCUCGCCAGUAAACAGAAUUGUCUCCUAACACCCAUCAAACCUAUGCUAGUAGAAGCAGCAAAUGGGGGUACCAUGUCUUGUACUAAGCUCUGCAAGAACCUACAGUGGAAAAUGCAAGGCGUCCAGUUCCAGGCGGAUGUUUUUGUAAUGCCUUUACAAAGCUAUGAUAUGGUCCUAGGCAUACAGUGGUUGAAGUUACUGGGAAAUGUAUUAGCCAAUUACGAAGACAAAUGGAUGAAUUUUUGGUGGGAAGGAAAUGAAGUGACACUAAAGGGGGACAAUCCUAUACUCACCCAGUCCAUUCGACUGGAAGAGUUAAGUGGACUACUUGCACGUAAAACACUGCUGGCAGAGGUGAAUAUUUGCAGUCUAAGAGUGCUGGAGGUGGAGGGCACAACACUCAGCUAUCAGGAAGGGUACCUUCCUUCCCAGCAUGCAGAGGAGUUUCCAAUUCAGGCACUAUUGGAUACUUAUUUCCAUAUUUUCAGAGAACCAGUAGAACUACCUCCUGCCAGAGGACAUGAUCAUAGGAUACCUCUGAAGGAUGAAAACCUGACAGUCAACCUAAGGCCAUACAGAUACUAA